GACAUAGUUAAGUUGACCGAAGCACUCUUGGGGGGAGGUGACUCACGGAUCGUAUCAACCGCCAUAAAAGUGAAAAUGCCCCUCUAUUUUUCUAACCUCGAUGAAUCACAAAACGACUCUUGAUUCAGUCUCUCCAAAAUGGCAUCACCAAUCGACCUGAGUCUUCCAACGGCUCUAAUUCUCAUUGACAAUCAAUCGGCCUUUACCCACCCGGCUACCGUUUCUCAAUGGGGCGCCUCACGCUCCAAUCCUGUCUACGAAGCUAAUCUCCAAUCGCUUCUCUCCGGUUUUCGUGAUGCACGAGCAACGUCUUCGACUCCACUGGAAGUGAUUCACGUCUUUCACUCCUCUGACUCGCCUUCUUCGCCGCUCCACCCGUCACACCCGGCGGGUGGAAUCCGACCGCUGGACUUUGCUGUCCCGGCAGCGGACGGGUCGGAGCCUAUCUUCUGGAAGAAUGUCAACUCCUCUUUUAUCGGGACGGGCCUUGAGUCGCACUUGCGACAGAAAAGCAUCAGGCAGAUUAUCUGUGCUGGCCUGACGACUGAUCACUGCGUCUCGACAACGGUUCGUAUGGCGGCGAACUUGGGCGUUGUCGAUCGCUUUUUGGACGAGGGUCCUAUUCGGUUUAGGUCUGAUGGUUCUCGUGAGAAUGAGGUUCGCGUGGAGAAGGGACGUAUUAUUCUCGUCUCUGAUGCGACUGCGACGUUCAGCAAAGGCGAUUUUGAUGCUGAAACCGUGCAUAAAGUCUCCGUUGCCAGUCUUGAUGGCGAGUUUGCUGAUGUGCUUGAAACGGAGGAGGUGGUGAGGGCUCUAAAGGAUACCAAGAAGCCCUGAGUUAUGCUAGCUACCUAGUUUGUCAAAGGCACUCGAUAUUGGGAGAAUUCGGUUGUUAUAUAUACGUUGUAUUUCCAGCCUCGGCUGGGCCUCUAGAGAAGAGCCAUGGCUCCAUACAAACGAUUUUAUAUUCCCUGAAAAUCAUCGGUCCGCUGUGAAGGAGACAUAGCAGGCUCUAUACAGCAAUGCUUGCUGGAUUUCAGACCCUCGAGAGGAAGCCCAGAGGACCUCACUUCAUCUAAAAUGGCAGCCAUCUAAUUGAGAAAGCUCAAUCCUGUGGGCCAACCAAGCGUAAGAGGGCUAGUAAGGGU